AUGGCCACUUGGGCUUACCCACCCCUUCCCCCAGCACGCCUGGAACAGGAAGUGGAAUCCACGUUGGCCAAGGAGCUAGAGUGGCUUUUACGCUCCCUGCAAGAUUCACUCGUCUCGCUUAGGGAAGGUUUGCAUGAGUGUGCUGCUUUGCUGGCUCCCAAAGAGCCGGGCUCAACCUUAGUGCUGUCGUCCCUUCGGUCCGAAAAUGUGAAAGGCUACGUAACCCGGGUUGGGACGCAAAUCGUCAAAGGUGAUAUUCAACUUCGUCUAAGUUCUCUAGCUUCAGUACGCGGGUCAGCCAACACCCGCUUAUGCCUGUCCAAUGCCUCUGAGGCUCCAGAGCUUGUGCUUGAUCAGCUGGUCUCCGUAAAGAAUCUGGUCAACCAGAGCUUGGACAUUGUAGAUGUUAGUACAUGGACGGGCGACCCACUCAACGCUGGGUUCAUCUUUAGUCAGUUGCAUCUCCUGCGUGAGACCAUCACCGAGGCACGGCAGAUGCUCAAGGGUGAGAGCGACAAGGUCAAACAGAAAUGGUGGGAGGCUAGUGCGGCAGAGAACAUGUUUGACCCUCCGCUGCCACCUUGUCUUUCUUUCCAUCUCACUAUUGCUGAUUCCGCGCUCGUACUACACCUGCGAACUCUGGAAUCCAGCACACCAACCCAUACGCCCACAGCCUUUGCCUCUGAUAUCUCUCUUACCGGGUUCAACAUCAGGGACCGGCUCUUUGGCACCCGUCAUCGGCCUCAUGACGAAGCCGGCGAUGUCUUCACCUGGAAGGGAGACGAAGUAAAGGUGAAAGAAAAAGUCCGCUGGACGAUUGGGUCGAGGUACUCUUCCUCUGCAACGCCCGCCCUGCCGGAUGCUACACAUGCGGAGCGGAAGGAUGCCGUCUACGCCCUGAUCGAUGAGAUCAACCAAAAUGAAGCCGCCAUGGCCGAUAUCAUGGAGGAACUGGACUUGCUCGACGAUUUCGAUCAGGCUCUUAACCUCGACGGCUUGGAAUACGAGCACGCAUUCAGUCAGACCAUUGGUCACCGAGACCAGGAGACACUGGAGGGACGGGUGCGGAUGGCGAGACAGGAGUUUCGGGAAUACCUGCCCCCCGAUUACUUGAACGCCCGCGAGACCGAAUUAUACACGAGACUCUACGGUGAACCGAUCUACCGCGACCUUGACAGCAUUCAACCUGACCUCGAGCUCGCUGAGGAAUUGGAAGAAGGACAAGACCCCGCCGCCGAUCAACUAUACCGUGAAGACGGACAAGGAGGUUGGGAAGAGGUUGAGAUGGUUGAGGAAGAACUCGAGCUCGAGCUCGAACCGGAGGAGGAUGACAUACCAGUGGUUUACGACAUGGAGGCUGGACCGGAGGUGCCGGAAACAGACGCCAUGCGGCGCACGCGCGAGAUCGCCGAGCAGCUCGGCGGAGAGGUCAUGCUCGAGCAGUUCCAGGACGAGGCUGUGCCUGAUGGUAACGAUAACCCCCGAUUCCACCCGACCACUGAGCUGGGCAGGUCUGGCACGAAUCCCAGCACGGUCUUUUUGCCAAAUGACUCGUUGGUGAAACCCAUCUCGAUGAUCCUGUCGGAUUUCUCCAAUAAGCACCUCCAGGAGACCGCUCGUCGUGUCUUCAAGGGCCAAUACCUUCCUUUGUCCGUUACGACUCCCCCCAGAUCCGUUCAAGCCCCUCAAUUACCAAGCCCUCUGGAGGCUUCGCAGCGUCACAUGUCCGAGAUGGAAUCUAAUGCUUACCUCGCGGCUAUGUACCCUGGCUUCUAUGCGAGUGUGCUGAGCGUCCUGGUUGAGGUACGCAAGCGACUGGGGACAGAUUGGCUGCGAGGUUUGAUGGCCAAGGAAGAAGGCCCGAGUGUGCUCGAUGCCAGUGCUGGAGGUGCUGGUAUCAUCGCGUGGAGGGAGAUCAUGCGUGCGGAGUGGGAGGCUAUGGACCCAGAGCGGCCUUUUUCCGAAAUCCCAAUCGGCAAGUCAACGGUCGUGGUAGGAUCUAAUAGUCUUCGUGCUCGCGCUUCUGCAUUGCUGCAUAACACCACCUUCCUUCCUCGACUUCCUGACUACGUUCACCUUCGCGAAAAUGCGACGCUAGACGAUGACCGGGCGCCGAAGCGGAAACAGUUCGACAUCGUUAUCGCCCCCCACUCCAUUCACCCGAUCGACGAGGAGUAUCUGCGAAAGGAGCAUGUCAAGAACCUUUGGCAGCUGGUCAAUCCCAACGGUGGUAUCCUCAUUCUGCUUGAGAAGGGCCACCAGCGGGGGUUCGAGGCCAUCGCCGGAGCCCGUGACAUGCUGCUCAAGCGCGUCAUCCGCAACACCGACCUCAAGACCUCAGACGAAGACAUCGCUUCGGAAGAGGAUGCGGAGGAUGACCUUGACCUCGACAAGGAACCCGGCAUGAUUAUUGCGCCUUGCACCAACCACGCCCAGUGUCCCAUGUACCGUGUGCCCGGCCACACCGUUGGGCGCGGCGACUGGUGCCACUUCAAGCAGCGAUACAUCCGACCCCCCUUCCUGCAGCGCAUCAUCGACGCCAAGACGCACAACCACGAGGACCUGCGAUUCAGUUACCUCGCGGUGCAGCGCGGGGUCGAUCUCCGCGAAGAGAAGGGCUUCAAGCAGGACCGCGUGGCCAAGUUCCACGCCGCUAAGGGAUACGAGCACCUGUUCCCGGACCCGCAGACGCGGGCGGCCAUGAGCGAGGAGGAGCAGCAGAAGCUGGCGGAACAGGAGGCGCAGUUCGAGCCGCUGACCCUGCCGCGCAUCGUCUACCCGCCGCUGAAGCGCCGCGGCCACGUCACCUUCGACAUCUGCACCCCGGAUGCGCAGAUCGAGCGCUGGACCGUCCCCCGCUCCUUCAGCCGUCAGGCGUACCGGGACGUGCGCAAGUCGCAAUGGGGCGACCUGUGGGCGCUGGGGUCGAAGACGCAGAUCGAGCGCAAGGUCAAGCUGGGCACGAAACACGGCCUGAGCAAGAAGGACCGACUGGAGGCGCGCGCCGCGGCCCGCGAGGCGGCCAAGGACGCCCAGGAGGAGGAGGAAGCCGAUGCAGCGGCGCAGGAUCGCAAACCGGAACUGCUCAUCCCCAAGCGCAAGAAGGGAGAGAAGAUCCCCAGCUGGAAGAAGCAUCAGGAUAAGAAAAAGGUGCGCCAGCAUUACAGUCAGUUGAAGCCUGCGGAUUCGUAG